AUGAGCUCUUCUGAGCUCCGUGAUCUCCGCAACUUGGAGGCUGCCUUCGCUCGGCUGACCAUCAGGCUGGAGGAGUACCCAUCGCAGGCUUCGGCCCAGAGUGAGGCUGGACCUAGGCUGUACGUGCUCGCUCAGGACUUCAGUGGCAACCGCUACGACCCGGCCGAGGACAUUCGGGACCACCUCAUCGUUAUAAGCGGCGAGGUCGAUUUUGAGUAUCCCCUGGGUGUCAUCUCCGUUGGCUCGGGACCGGCACGAAAGCUCGUGGCGGCAGCGGCGAUUGGCGAGAGCUCGGACGGCUCCGUGAUCGUUGCAUUCCCGGGGAAGUGUUGGAAUCGGACUCCAGCAAAGCGCGCCCUUGGUCUCGACUUCGUUAGGAAGGUGACAGCCGCUCGUGUCCGCUGCGCGGGCGCCGAGGACCGCUCCAGAUCUCUUGAUUCCGAGCUUCGGGUUUGCCUUGGCUUGCUGACUGCUGAGGGCGAGGCGGCUUUUGACUUCGUGCGCGACUUCGAGGGUGAGGUCCAGAUCGACUACAGCUUCGGUACCAGCGAGCAGCCCGAGCUUCUCCCCCACGCGGGUUCUCUUGCAGAGUUGGCAAAGGUGACCUUCGAGUUCGUCACGGCGGAGAGUGCUGCUCAGGAGGCAGCCCCUUCCCUAGCUCCUGCUGCGAUUGAAGACCGCUUGGGCCGAUUGGAGGGAUGCUUCCAGAGCAUCCAGGACGAUCUCAAGAAGCUUGUGGCCGGCCAGAAGACCGAGGCUUCCCUCCCUCUCCGGGAGAAGGCAAAGCCUGUUGCUCGAGCCCCUCCUCCAAAAGCCUCCGGUCCAAAGUUCGAGGGACUAGACCCCCAAGUCGUGAAAGCAGCGCUGGACUCAGGUAUCGACUCGAAGCACAUCGAGGAGAUGGGACGCUUCCUCCGGAGCCAAGGAAAGGGCAUGACCGACGAGCCUCGGCCAAACAUUCGGGCGAAGCUGGCUCGCCAAACCUUGGAGGCCGAGGACGACCUGGACGACGAGGACCCCGAGGACGAGGAUCAACCAGAGGAGGUGGAAGUGAAGGACCCGAUCCACGCCGCGGUCACAAAGCUCACGGCUAUCGCUGCUCAACUGGCGGAGGGCAAAAAGAAGGAAACCACACUGGAGGCUCUGCUCGACGGGUCUGGAUCGGGCGAGCAAGCCAGCUCCUCCACCUCUACCAGGAAAAGCGCAGCGGCCCUUCGUGUUCUUCGCGAUCGACUUCAUUCUCGCCCCCAGGAGCUGACCAAGGUCAUCGAGCGGAACUUGAACGCCGACUUUGCCCUGAGGCCUUCUCUUCCGGGCAGUGCUCAGGUUCCGGUGUCGUGCCGCGCAUGGUUGGAGAGCCGAUCGAGGGUGCAGAACUAUCCUUCGACCAUAAGGUUCCUUUGGAUCAUCGCGGGGAUCGCCGAUGCGAUCCGAGACCAGCGCUACGAGGAGGCCUACCUGCGGUCUCUGCUGGGGCUCGCUGCGGGAGAUCAACUUUCGAUCGACAGAGGGAGCUGGCAUGUGGCCAGCGAGGUUCUGCUGGAAGACCCACCGCCAUUUCCUUCCUUCACGUCCCACACCCUGCCAACGGGCGCGGAGGUGCCCUUUACAAAGUUGAUCGACUCCAGGUGGAUCGAAAUCUUCGUCGCCCCUCCGCGAAGUCGACCUCUACCUGGAGUCCCGUCGGAAACUGGCCUCAGGAGUUGGAGGCGGGCAGCGACGGGUAGAAGGGCCUGGCGUUCCUCAGGGGCGCGACGAGAAGGACGAGGCCCCGCCUGGGCCAAAGAGACAUCCGAAGGGGAAGGGCCGGGGCACGGCGACGGCCCCGAACGAGGGGAAGUGAUUUCUAAAAGCCCAACGGGGAAGGCCACGCAUAGUGCUUCGACGGAGCUGGUAAGGGUUCCUGGAUCUGGUGCAACAACCGUGGAUCCCGCUGCAUUGUGGAAGGCUCUUCCCCGGCUUUUGCUUGCAAGUGACAAUUCAUUUUCUCAGUUUUUCAGCAGCUACUUUUAUGAAGCCCGUGAAAGCCCUGAGUAUGGGCGUACCGCAUCGUCUCCCUGGCCUAUGCCCCUACCGUACUUCGAGCUGUGCCAGGAAGGGAAACACAGUCUUGCUUUUGAGGCCGAUGCCCGCAGUGAGCAUGCGCUUAAGGCUGCUGCAAACUUGCUGGUGGCUUCGUUGUCCUGGCUUCAUCUCGGCAGGCCCCGUGAAGCUCCUGCUCAUAUCCGAGGUGGCCGAGUUUUAGACCAGGAACAACUUGAGCAUGUCAAUCGGCUUGAGGAGAUGAUGCGAGAUGUUAUUUGCCAUGCGCCCGUGACUGCCGAGGACAUGGGGCGGGUGGCUUCGAAGAUCGAAAACUUAGAGGACAUUGCUCGCACUUUGCGAAAGAAGUCAGAGAAGCUGGCCACGUUGUGUCGAGGCUAUGGACAAAGCGGCUCCGCCGUGCGUUCUGCGGAUCCUGUCGAGAUGGACUUUGUCGGCGAGGCCCGUGGUGAGAUUUCAGGCACUACUACCGCAAAGCCCGUAGUCGCUUCGAGAUUGGAGUUUGGCAGGCCCCCGAAAUUUGACCCGGCUCAGUUCAUGGACGCAACCAGCCUAGACCGCUACUUGCACCCUUUAGACCAUGCUGUCCCGGAAGACGAUUGUCCUGAGCCUCCACCGAAGGCGCGAAUCCUGGCGACUCCGUCGGAGAGGAUCGCGCUCUUCAAAAAGCUGGAUCAGAGUGGGAGGCUGAAGUUCAUUCCGGUGUCUGCAGCCCGAAAGCGGUGCCUUAACGGUUUGUUCAGCGUCCCGAAGUCGCUGACUGCUGACAGGAUGAUAUUGGAUGCCAGAGGCCCAAACCUUCUUGAGCCCGGGCUGAACCGUUGGACCCAAUCCCUUGGGUGUGCGGAGGCCGUCUUGCAGCUGCGGCUCGCCGAGAACGAGAUUCUCGUCCUGUCGGGUGCUGACCUCAAAGACUAUUACUAUCACUACGUGAUCAGCCAUCAACGACUUGUCAGGAAUGCUCUUGCUGGGACCGUCGACGAGCCGAUGGCCCGGACCUUCAGCUGCUUCGAGAAUCACCUCUCAGGCAAGGGCCCCUUUCGAGCUGCUCUGAAUAGCAUGGCCAUGGGGGACCUCAACAGCGUAGAGUUCGGCCAGCUGGCUCACUUAUCGCUCAGUCUGCAGGCCGAGGUCUUCUUCCCGGAGGAGAUGCUCACUCUUAAGUCCAGAGCCCCGCGAGCUUCAAUCGCAGGCGGGGUCGUGAUCGAUGAUUUGUUCAUUGCCGAGAAGAUGGAUAGGUCUAGAGCAUGCGAACUUGGGAGUGGGACGAGCGUGGGAGCCGCAAGACUGAAGCGAGCCGCUGAUGCAUAUGUUCGAGGCGGGCUCCAGCAGAACCUCAAGAAGUCGUUCAGCGAACAGCUCCGGGCUGAGGUGUGGGGUGCCGAGAUAGACGGGGAAGCCGGGACCUGCCGACCCUUGACUUCCAGGCUGAUCCCUGUCCUGUCGAUCACAGUCGACAUAAUCCGGACGAAGGCUGCAUCCCGACACAUCCUGGCCUCCGUUGCGGGGUUCUUUGUUGCUAUCUUCCAAUUUCGGAGACGUUGCAUGUCGCUUCUCGAGGAGAUCUUCAAAGCUCCGCGAUGGCUCGAUGAGCACAAAGCAUUCCGGAUCUGGCCUGCGUUGGAGGCCGAGUUGUGGAUGCUGGUGUUGGUGGCCCCGGCCGUUCGGUUCAACCUUCGGAGCCGCUACUGCGAAGAAGUGUCAGCCACGGAUGCGUCUGAUAGUUGGGAGGCUGAAGUGUCGCAGAUCUUCCCGGAGGCGUUUGUCGCGGAGCUUAGCCGCCACAGUCUUCGAAAGUCGACGUGGACCAAGCUUCUGCGCCCGGCCCAGGCUAUAUCUCGCCGUGCCGGAGUUCUUGACCCCUCCGAGGAAUUGCCAGGCGGGGUUCCCUUUGACAAUCACCCUGUGUGGCAAGCGCUGUUCCGAUCCGUCAAGUUCAAGGAAGUUUGGCGCAGGAGGAUCUGGAGGCCCCGGCACAUUAACGUUCACGAGCUUCGGACACUGCUUGCUUCUGAGCGACGCCGGGGACUUGCAUCUCCUGCCUCAAGCAUCGUGUCAGCCAGCGAUUCACAGGUCUCGCUAGGUGCGGCCUUGAAAGGACGGUCAGCCUCUCCCAGAUUGAACGGCAUCUUGCGUCAGAGCCUUCCAGAGCAUCUUUCAGCCGAUAUCAGCGGUAUUUAUGCCUAUGUAGGUACUUCUGACAAUCCUGCGGACGACCCUACUAGGCAUGCCCCUGUUCGCGAUGCACGAGAAGCAUUGCCUCUGUGGCUGGAGCGAGCUCUUGGCGGCUCGUAUGGGGAGCUUGAGGAUUUCCUGAAGGCCUAUGAGUUGGACACCGUCAGUAUGCUUGGGCUUCCCCCUUUCGAGGAAAUCGUCCCUCUGGCUACUGCUCCUGCUGCAGUACCCCGACCUGAUCGGCGACGGUUCUUUCUGGAAAGUCUGGGAAAAGACAGCCUCCCCACUGCAGCUGAGGACUUUGCGUCUGCUUUGCUGCUACGCCAUGACUUCGGGAAAGAGGAGCUUCUGCGUCUUCUUCGGAUGCUCCCAAAUGAGUCACCGCCUCGUGGCGUUGCCGAGGAGGGCUCAGGGUCUUUUUCUGGUGGGAUGUUUGUUCACGGCGGAGUGGUGGGUCUGCGCCGCAACAGCAGGAGCUACCCACAGAGCGAAAAGGCGGUGAUGGACUUUGCCACCCGCUGCUUCCCUGGGCACAAAUUUACGAGCUACGCUUUUCUCCAGAACCUGAAGACUCCUCUACAUCGCGAUUCGCACAAUAGCGCUGAGAGCACAAACCUCGUUAUUGCUCUUACCUCUUUUUCGGGCGGCGAGCUUUGGGUCGCGGCCGAGGACGGCGGCAUCUAUGAGGAGAUUGACGGGAAAAGAGUAGCAGGUAAAAACCUUGGUUUUCAGUCUGGUCAUGUGGAGUUCCAUCCUCGCCAAUGGCACUUUACUCGUGAUUGGACUGGGGACCGAGCGGUUUUGGUGCUCUACAGCAUCCGAGAUUACCUCAAGGUUGCACUGAGCGAUGCAAUUGUCCUCUCCGGGGCUGGCUAUCACUUGCCGAGCGAGCUUUACAAGAAGUUUCGAUCUUUGAAGUUGCCCCCUCACUGCAUCUCCGCAGCCAAGGGCGAGGAGUUGGUAGCAGGGAAAGAGUACGAGUUAGAGCAGGUGCGAGUCGUCGGAGCAGAGCCGCAGAGCGGAAAUGUUUUCGAGUUGCCUCCUGAUAUCGUUUCAAGUUUGUUGCAGUUUGACUCCGAACAGUUUGUCCUCCCCAAGAAAGGGCGCAAGCGCCUUGGCGAGUUUCUUCUGCAGCCAGGGUUCCUUGACCUGUACUCGGGCUCCCGCGGGGUCGCCCAUGAGCUAGCCAGAAUCAGCAAGACCUGGGUCCUGACGUUCGACUACUCUAGGUCUCAGUCUGAGGAUCUGCUUUCUGAAAAGUUGCAGGGGCUGCUCUUGCGACUCAUCCGCGGAGGAGCCUUUCUCGGCGUCGGCGGAGGCCCAGUUUGCUCUUCGCUCUCCCGGGCCAUCCGGCCCCCUGUCAGGAGCUUGGAGUACCCAGCUGGACUACCUGACGCUAGACCAUCCAUGCGAGAAAAGAUUGACGAAGGAAAUCAGCACGCUGACUUCAUGGCCUCGGUUGCAGAGUUGUGCCAAGAGCUGGACCUGCCAUGUUGGGUCGAGAACCCCCAUGGUAGCUACCUCUGGGCCCUGCCUCGCUGGCGACGCUUUUUGGGCGACGACUGGAGAUCAGUGUGCUGGGUCGUCGACUACUGUGCCUUGGGCGCUCCUUGGCGGAAGCGCACCCGGUUCUACGUGGGGAGGCGCCAUGGUGGUCAGUCGCUGCUAUGUCCUGGAGGUUGUCGUCAUCAGCGCCUGAGCGGCUACUCGAGCCUUCAUCGCCAGCAGUGGACUAAGGUUGCCGAGGCAUAUCCCCGGGAGAUGAACACCUUUCUCGCCUACCACCUGGCAAACCGCACUCUACAAGGAACCGAGCGGCGCCGCCUUGACCUCGCAGCAUGCGCCCGGUGCAUAGGAGCUCGGAUCGGAGAAGCCAAAGUGCCUGGACCCCGCAAGGAGCUUAUCGUUGGCUCUCUUGAAGAGGUCUCGCUGGUGACGCCCACGACUGCGAAGCUCCAGAGUCGGGUCCUGGGCGAGUUCGAGGCAUGGUUGCUAGAAGAAGAAGGACUUAGUGACUCUGCUCUUAGAAGCCUGUCUAGCUGCGCCAUGGCCUACUGUGUCUUUCUGCGCGCAUACGGCGAUCAUCUGUACCGAAGUGGUGGGCCUAUGUAUGUCUUCCGACAUCUUCUGGCCUACAUGCAGAAAAAUAAGCUUCACCUUCGACCCUUCUUAUCGCUGGGAUGGGACCUGCUGUCAAGGUGGGAGCAUCCAGCCUGUACGGCACCGAGUUCCGAUGCCUGA